UAAUGUUUGUGGAAUCUCAUCUAAAAUUGAAACUACCAAAAGGGUGUUUGUCAACUAUAAAGAAAUUUCUUCUUCACAUAAUCAUAAGGUUGAAGCAAUGGUUGAUGGAUAUAGAAGUAUGGUGGAGAACCCAUCACCAAUGAGAAACGCAACAAAUCACAUGAUGCUGGGAUUUCUUGCUGGAAUUUCGACAGUUAUGUUAGUUGCUGCCAUAUUGUUCUGCCUCUUUGGAACAAAGCUCAUUGCACUUUUCAAACAACAUAGGACUUUGAAAGGUAAAGAGUACAACAGCUUCAAAGAUGAAACAAUGCCUCUAAGGCGUUUUACCUUUGAUGAAAUAGAGAGAGCUACCAAGAACUUUAGCCAAGAAUUCUUACUUGGUUCUGGUGCAUUUGGAAAUGUUUACAAAGGAAAUUUUGAAUUAGAAGGAACUUUAGCCAUUAAGAGAGCUCACGGCGAAUCCUUCUUAAGCGUCGAUGAAUUCCGAAAUGAAGUUAGGCUCCUUGCAACUGUAAAGCACAGAAAUCUUAUUGGUCUAGUGGGGUAUUGUGAAGAACCAGAAAGAUUUGGGGCAAGAAUUCUGGUAUAUGAAUGUGUACCAAAUGGCUCUCUGCUUGAAUAUAUGAUUGGAAACAAGAAUAGCUUGACUUGGAAGCAAAGAGUGAACAUAGCAAUAGGAGCAGCUAGAGGCAUAGCUUAUUUACAUGAAGGAAUAAAGCCGAGUAUAAUUCAUCGUGAUCUCAAACCAAGUAACAUCCUAUUAGGUGAAGGUUUCGAGGCUAAGGUCUCGGAUUUCGGGUUGGUGAAAUCCGGCCCUAUUGAGGACCAAUCACAUGUGAGUAGCCAAAUCAAAGGGACACCAGGGUAUCUUGAUCCGGCAUACUGUUCAAGCUUUCACUUGACAAAAUUCACUGAUGUUUAUAGCUUUGGUGUCAUACUUCUUCAACUUGUUUCAGCUAGACCUGCUGUUGAUACAAAUGAGGUACAAAGCAAGCAACAUAUAAUUGAUUGGGCAAGCCCUAGCUUAGAGAAGGGUAAUGUUGAAGAAAUCAUAGAUGCAAACUUGCUAUGUCAAAGUGAGCCAUGCAAUAUGAGAGUUAUGCUGAAGAUGGGUCAACUUGCUUUAAGAUGUGUGGUUCAAGAACCAAAAAGUAGACCUACAAUGAUUCAAGUGUGUCAAGAACUAGAACAAGCACUAUACUCUGAAGAUACCUUCAACAACAAGCAACAUUCUUCAAAGGGUUUCCCAUCAAUUGGAUUGUCUCAGCAAUCAUCAGUGGAAAAGAAUGAUAGCUUUGUGAGCAUAGAUGGUGUUGGACUUCAGAAAUUCCAUAUUGAUAUGGAUAGCUUAUCAUUUCAGAGUACAAGGUUAAUGUGCCUAGAAAAUAAUAGUAUAAGUAUUGACAUUGAUAACAACAACUUGAAGAGAAUUCAAGAGGAUGGGGACAUAUAAAGGUAUAAUUAAUUAAGAUCUUAGAUGAAUUAUAUAUUUUCAUCACUCUUCCUAUGUUUGAAUGGAGAAUAUUUUUGAACAAUUUGU